CCCGUAUUCUGGUGAUGGUAGUAUGAAAGUGUCGGUGGUUUAGACGCGAUGGAGAGAGAAACUGGAGACGAAACUGCUGGAACAGAAACAAGACGUCAAGAACUGUUUAUUCAGAGCUGCGGAGAAAGCAUUGGGUCAAGCAGUUUUGCAAAUGAGAGCUCACCUGUACUGCCACCACUCUCUUCUUCUGCCACCUUGAAUAUUGCUCCGAAGCCGGAAGAAAUCGUGCAGGCUCUCAAGCAGCGAUGGACUUUGCUUUCUUUGCCUCAAUCUGCCGUUGUCGUUGUCCACUCUGAUGGAGAGUCUAGUGUCAGUGUCGCAAAUGCUGCUGGUGAUAUUGCUGCUUCGAAGGAGGAUGGCUCUAUGCAGGGGUCUAGUAUAGGAAGAAAGAGAAAGGAGAACGUUGAGUCGUCUUUGCGUCACAUAUGCCAGUAUUGUGGUAAAGAGUAUAAGUCAGAUAAAUGGCUGAAGCAUCACAUUCAACUGAAGCAUGGGGAUGGAGAUGACAAUUCUGGUGAUGACGACAGUGAUGACUCCAAUGAUGAAGCAUUUGUUGCUGAGAUGAUUGCUACGAAGUUUAGCAAAAAUUUUGUGUGUGAACAUUGUAAGAAGAGAUACAAAUCCUUCGUUGGCUUAAAAUAUCAUUUAGAAACGCAGCACACUGAUCCAGCAACUGCCGCCAGCUUUGACUGUGAAGAAUGUGGGAAGCAUUACAGAUCAAAUGCUGGACUAAAGUAUCAUCUUCAGCACCAUCACUCAACACCACCCAUCACUGAAACUUUGAAAUCUUGUAAUGUGAAUGACGUUCCAAGCAUUCAAGAUGAAAAUGACAGUAGAAAUGAAAGUGCAAACAAUGAAAUUCAACAGUUAGAAGAUGGCACGUGGGUUUGCCUCACUUGUGGUAAGAAAGAUAAGUCAGCACGAGAUAUUUUUCAUCAUAUUGACAUGACUCAUGCAAGAAAAAAGCCAAGAAUUGAUACAACAGGUCAUGGCAUGAGGAGAUCUGCUCAGAAAGCUUUGAGAACAUUUGCUUGCCAAAGUGAUCAAGAUGAUGAUGCUUGCAGCGUAUUGUCUCAUCAUUCAGAUGAUAAUGAGUAUGCAUCUUCAGUCCAACCAAGUGAAAGUAUGAGUAAAUACAGAACAAAAACAUCAAAUAUACACCACAAAGCAAAGUCAUCGAGAGUGAGGACAGCAACUGCAUCAGAGAUAACCGAAAUACAGGAGUCACAGAAACAGAUCAUUAAUGUUAAUACAUCAAACUGGAAGGAUGUGUUUACGACAGAUCAAGUGAUCGACAUUGAGAAACGGCUGAGACAGGGAAGAAAGCUGAAGUGCUUCAAUAAGGACUGUGACAAAAGUUUAGGAACGGCUGUUGGAUUGGCAUAUCACUACCAGAGAUGUGGCAGACAGACUCCACAAUAUUUAUGUGAAAUCUGCCAUGCAGUGUACUCUUCGCAAGCAGGACUGACAUAUCAUAUGAGGAAUGUUCAUGCUCCUAACGUAACUAUUGAUUUUUCAGCAGACAUGAUUUCGGAAGAUUCAGAGGACAUGGAUUGGAGUUUUCCUGACGAGAGCUCUGGUGCAAAACUUAAGGAAACAAGGAAUGCAUUUGUAUCAGAGAGAAAGAGACAGAAACAUCAGCACCUGGUGGAAAGCAUUGCCAACGUUGACCUCACUUUGAGUGGCACCAAAGAGAACCUCUUUUCUGGAAGAGCUUCCAAUCGUGUUCCCAGUGCAAGGAGUAAGGAGAUUAGACGUGUCAAGUUGUUGGCAGCAGAUCCAAGAGCAAAAGGCUGGACUGAAAUAAGUCGUGCUCGUUACUCACACAACUGUGUACUGGAAGACUUGACGCCUCACUCUGCAGCAUGGACGCUUGUCUCUCCCAAUGAAGCAUCGUCUCACCUGCCAACGGCCCAACUUUCUUCUCCUUUUGUGGUGAAGAACAUUGAGAAAGGAGGAAAACAGUGUACAUUGAGUAGGAAAGAAAGUAACAGUAGAAAUGACAGGGAUGAGCCUCAUCAGGUUACCAAUCUUGAUGAAGACAGUUCUGUUGAUAGCAACAUACGUUAUCAACUUAAACUGUUUGAGUAUUGCUGUCUGUCUUCUGUGUAUCAAGAUGAGAGUCUCGUGUUUAAUGCGGGUGGGCCUGUCUGGGCAAUGGAUUGGUGUCCACAACCAGAGGGUAGUGACUGUGUUGUUGAGUAUUGUGCCAUUAGCGUACAUCACACGUCUGAUGAAACUCACAGUGUUGGGAGAGCGUUUAAUGGAAAAGGUGUUAUUCAGUUGUGGGCAAUAAAGGAUUCUCACUCUCUAUCCGCUCACAUGGAUAUAGCAAUUGCUCAUGGCUGGGGUUGUGUGUGGGACAUCAAAUGGAGUCCUCAGGCAUGGCAAUGUGAACGGCACGAGUUUGCUAAUGAGACUGAGUGGCGUCGACUUGGAGUAUUGGCUGUGGCUUGUAGUACAGGCAAAGUUCAGAUUCUCAGUAUACCACAUCCAUCGCACUUGAAACAAUCGCAGUCACUUGAUUACGCUCUUUAUCAUGCUCAGCCCAAUGUUACGCUUAUUCCUGGUGCUGUCGGUCAUCAUAAGGAUGGGCAACAUGGGCAGGCAUGGUGUGUAAGCUGGAGACCAGAUGAUGGUCAUAGCCAAGUAGCUGCUGGUUUUUCUGAUGGGAGUGUUGGUAUAUGGCGUAUUGAUACAAAGUGUCCAUGGCUACAAGUCAAGGCUAAUGGUGGGGACAGUUCGUUGCCUGGGAAGGUGCUGUUGCCGGUUCAGCAGUUUUUUGCACAUGGGGCUGUUGUUAGAUCUCUGUGUUGGUCAGCAGUAAAUACUGACAUAAUUGCGACUGCUGCUCACGGCAGAGAUUCAGUUGUACGAGUUUGGAACUUAAAUGAUGUAUCUACUCCUGUUCAAGAUCUUGGCCAAUUAUCUGGCUGGGUAUACGAAAUGCAGUGGCUUACCUACUGGAACAUUUUGGGAACAGUCGGGGACUACACACCCGUAUCAAAGGUGAAACGUCAUGCGGAACUGGUCAUGUUGAACAAGUUGAGCAGCCACAAACAGCCAAACAGAAGACCGUUGUGUCCAAGAUCAUCACCUUUUAUGAGCACCUCGUUCAGUGAGUGGCACAACACUUUGGCUUUCGGUAGUGCAGACGGCUGUGUGUGUAUUCAUAUUCUUCCAUCUCUUGCUUCUUCGGUUGUCUCACUAGAUGGUGACUGGGAUCUAUUUAGUGUUUCUGAAGAGAAACCAGAAAAUUCAGACGAUGUUGUGAUUGUUUUCAGUGAUUACGACAUGCAAAAAUUUGCUGUCACAUCGGCUGGCAACCCCAAAGGAACUAGAAAAUCUGAAAUUGCUUCUCACACUGUUCUUUCUUCUCCUCUGAGUGCGGUUAAUAAGGUACGAUGGAACCCCAACUAUAAACACAGACUGUGGCUACUUAGUGGCACCAAAUCAGGUCUAGUCCGAUUGACGAGGGUUGGUGGCUUGCUCUAGGUAAACCAGUAAGACUGAUGCUUUAUUUCAUUUUACGCUAGUUA